AUGAGUAGUUUGUGUUUACAACGGUUGCAAGAGGAAAGGAAAAAAUGGAGAAAAGAUCAUCCGUUUGGCUUCUAUGCCAAGCCCACCAAGAAGGCUGAUGGUACAAUGAAUUUGCAAAAAUGGGAGGCUGGUAUACCUGGCAAGGAAAACACGAUUUGGCAUGAGGGUGUUUUCCCCUUAACAAUCGAAUACCCAGAUGAGUAUCCAUCAAAACCUCCAAAGGUAAAAUUUCCUGCUGGAUUUUAUCAUCCAAAUAUUUACCCGAGCGGUACAGUAUGCUUGAGUAUUCUGAACGAGGACCAAGAUUGGAGACCAGACAUAACCCUAAAGCAAAUAGUGCUUGGAGUUCAAGACCUUCUUGAUUCUCCGAAUCCUAAUUCUCCAGCCCAAGAACCCGCUUGGAGGGCUUUUUCUAGGAAUAAAGCAGAGUAUGAAAAGAAAGUCAUUACACAGGCAAAACAGUACACCAAAUGA